AUGGGAGUUCAGCUAUUGUCACCUUGUAUUACGGUGACAAUAGACCGAAGCGCCCGAGCAGUAGGAGGUACAGGCGGCUCGGGGGGGGGGGGGGCCAAACUCGGCGGCUCAACCUCCAGGGGCGGUCCCUUCUGCUUCAAAGAAGAAGUCGAGACCGGCAGGGGCGGUUCAGGGGGGCCAAAACCGGCAGCUCAACUGCCGGCGGCGGUCCCUUCUGCUUCGCCGCUCCCCCCACUACUCAGAAGCAGCACGCCAGGUGCGGCAAAGGUGAGGCCUAAGCUGUCAACUCAACUGGCAGUGGCGGCCCCUCCCCCUGCAGCACCAUCGCCGAUGGAGACAGGACAUGUUAAAGUGUCGUCAGCUCCAGCCAGCCCACCGGCAUCUCCACGUAUUGUUGCGAUAGCUGGUACAGAGCGGGACGCCAAGAAGAGGAAAGUGUUGGUUCAGGACCCGUCUCACACCCAACCCACUACUUGGCAGAUCGCCUGCGACAAGCUUCCUGGACGGUACCGCGAGUGUGUCAAGGGGAGUUCAUUGCUACCUCCCAACUGUCAGGCCCCUUCAUCCCCAAGAGUUGGAGACCAACACCAUCUGAUCAGGAGCGGUACCAUGUUCCAGUACGUCCAGAAGAGUCGCACCUUCUACUUGACGUCUGAACGGAACGGGGUGUAUCGGCAAGGACUUCUGAAAUCAGACAUGGAUAAUCCAAUCGUCCAUCGGAUUAUCAGCCUGAUACUUCCAGAAGAUUACCAAGCCUUACUUCGGGGAUAG